AUGCAGGGCGGCGGUGUAAAGGAGAGUAGGCUGUACGACCUCUUGGGCGUGGCCCCCGAUGCCUCGGAGGAGGACAUCAAAAAGGCGUAUCGCAAGCUCGCCCGCCAGCUGCACCCUGACAAGAAUCAAGGCAAUCCCGAGAUCGAAGAAAAGUUCAAGGAGGUGAGCACGGCCUACGAGGUGCUGUCGGACGGGGAAAAGCGUCGCCUCUACGAUCGGUUUGGAGAGGAGGGCCUGCGCGAGGGCGGCGGUGGCGACGACUUUCCUUUCCCCGGGUGGCCCUUUGGCGGCGGAGGCCGAGGCGGAGGCCGCCGCCGCGAGAAGAAGGCCGAGGACAUCGCCCAGGCGCUCGAGGUCACCCUCGAGGACCUCUACAACGGCAAGUCCUUCCAGGCUCCCCUCGAGCGACAAGUCCUCUGCGACCUCUGCCAAGGGCGAGGCACCAAGAGUCAGGCUGGUGGGACCAAGUGCAACACGUGUCGCGGACGGGGCAUCUGCGUAGGUAUCGUGCAGCUCGCGCCAGGGCUGGUGACGCACCAGGAGCACAUUUGCCCCGAGUGCCGUGGGCAAGGGGAGAUCAUCAAAGCGGCUGAUCGCUGCGGCAAGUGCAAGGGCGAGAAGGUGGUGGAGGAGUCCAAGAUGAUCGAGGUGCACGUGGACAAGGGCAUGCGCCACAAUCAAAAGAUCACCUUCAGCGGUGAAGGCAAUCAGCUCCCCGACCACGCCAACGGAGACGUGCUGAUCGUCCUGAAGAUGAAGCCGCACCCUCGCUUCCAACGUGGCAGCGGCCGUGCUCGCGGUGGCCGCGACGAGUCGGAUCUGAUGAUGGAACUCGACAUCAGUCUCCUUCAAGCCCUCACCGGUUUCACCCUACCCGUGACUCAUCUCGAUGGCCGUCUCUUGCUCCUCAAGUCUCAGCCACAGCAGAUCAUCAAGCCAGGCGACGUGAAGGAGAUCCCCGGGGAAGGAAUGCCCACGUACAAGAGGCCAUUCGACAAGGGCCUCCUGAUCCUUAAAUUCAACAUCGUCUUCCCCUCCACCAUCACUCCCGAUCAAAUCCAGCUGCUGCAUCACGCGCUUCCCAGCCCAGAUAGCAAAGCCGAGACCGACGCAGAGGUGAAGAGGAGGCGAGAGGCUGGGGAGCAUGUUGAAGAGAUCUACCUCCAGGACUACAACCCCGAAAGGCGGAAGAGUGGACACGGAGGAAGGGAGGCCUACAACUCUGACAGUGAUGAGGAGCAUGAAGGUGGUGGUCCCGGGAUUGGUUGUGCGCAACAGUGA